UCUACGUUGUUAUUGACUGACUGAAUGAGGUGGUCUGGGGCACUGUUAGAGGCAUAAGGGUGGUUGUGACUUCUCGGCUGCUCACACCAUGGAAGAAUAUCUCUUAAGUGACCUGCAAAAGAAGCUGGAUUAGUGGUUGUUCCAACGAAUUGGGAACGUCGCUGCAGAGUCCAAAUUACAACUGUUUGAGGCUGGUCGCUCUCAGACAUUUUAUGUGAAGUUUUUGAUGUGUUAGCUCCAAAUAGCAAUAGGCCUUACUACCGGAUAUGGAAAUCCGUGAGCUAAGGUUAGGUGUGACAUUUUAGGGUCAUCCUUUUUCAACUUCUUCCAUCUGUUAUCACAAGGCAGCAUUGCCGCAGGUACCGGUUAUCCGGGGGAGACUCCUUGCUACUGUUUCACCCCUCCACAGUCAGCAAUACAACUUCUCCCUUGGACAUUAAGUUGAUGCUUUUAAUCUUACCAUUCUCCUACCGACUUGCCUGGCGUAGUGGGACCUAAAGGAGCAUGUGUCUGAGCCAAUAUAGUUCUGUUGUGUCGUCACGAUAGGCAUUCUCGAUCGCGACGUCAGGGUAGCAGCUACGGUCGGGAUAACAUCUAGUUAGAUAGUUAUGUUUUUCAUAACCACUUUGUUGUAGUUAUUGCACUCUGUGAAAGCAUCAUAUUAUAGUUAGAAGUAAUUAUAUAGAAUUCAAAAUGCGCAUGGUCAACUUCUUACUGAUCGACAAUAUAAUUAUGUUCUUGACCACCUUAGCUUUAUUCCUUUUAUUUUCUUACUAGAUGGGUUUAACUAAAAGAAUUGUGUCUCCAGCUGAUUUACGUCAGUGGACUUCUUCUAUCGCUUGUAAUGAGAUUCUUAACCUAAUAAAUAGUGUCAAUAGUAAAUUGGUCUCUCGUCCAAUCCAGGAUAAUUUGAAAUCUUCUAAGGUGUUUUGGAAGUUACUAUUAUAAAUGUAACUAUUUCAGGCCAUAAUGUUGGUAUGUGAAAUGCUUGACAAGUUACAGCAAGCAAUUAAAGAUUACCCACCUGAGGAGCAGCCGCAGAGAUUUGGAAAUAAAGCAUUUAGGCGAUGGUUUGCAUGGUUACAAGAGAAUGCCAUUGAAAUUGGUUCAACUAUUUUUCAUGAUCAUGGUACCACAGAUUUCACUGAUCCACCAAUGUUAUACACCGAAGCAGUUGACGAAGUUUCUGGUUAUCUAGUUGAAUCAUUUGGAAAUUCAACACGUAUCGAUUACGGGACUGGUCAUGAAUUGGCUUUCUUAGCGUUUUUAACUUGUCUUUUCAAACUGAACAUUCUAAAAACACAAACUGAUUCUGGUGCAUCAACUAUAAAUGAUCUCCUAUCUGUUGGGCUUGUUGUAAUGCCAAAGUAUCUGGUAUUAGUUCGUCUGUUACAAACAACAUAUCGUAUGGAACCAGCUGGCUCUCAUGGUGUAUGGUGUUUGGAUGAUUUUCAAUUUGUACCUUUCAUUUGGGGCAGUAGUCAAUUGAUUGGCAGUCAGCACAAUCCUACCGUGAUAACAGAUCGUGAUGUUGUUGAAUUGGAGAAAGAUAAAUACCUUUUAUUUUCAUGUAUUUCUUAUAUUCAUCAUUGUAAAACUGGUCCAUUUGAAGAGCAUUCACAUACGUUGUAUGGAAUUAGUGAAGUACCGAAAUGGGAAAAAGUCAAUUCUGGUUUAAUUAAAAUGUAUAAAGGUGAAGUUUUAGAAAAAUUUCCAGUCGUUCAACAUUUUCUAUUCGGUAGUUUAUUAUCAUUUGAUAGAAUACAAAAUAGUAAACCUUUGGGUGGUAGUGGAAUUAAUGUUGGUGGAGGUUUUAGUCAACGAGGAUUUAUUCCUUCAAAUAUUGAUUCAUUUGUAAAACCGAUUUCAUCGACAAUCCAACAAUCAAAUCAACACGAUGAAAAAUCGUAGAGUUACGAGUUAAAAGUCGAGGGAUUAUACAAUAAAUAUUAUUCUACAUAUAAUGAUAAACUCGACUUUUUUUUCUCUAAUUAAGUCUUAAUCUUCUUCUUUUUUAUGGAUUGCUUAGCAAUUUUCGAUGAAUUUUAUCUUGUUCACAUAAUUGAUCAUGUAUAUAGAUGCUUGCAAUGACUAUGAUUUUC